AAGAGGGAGAGAAAAAACCCCAAAUCUCAAAUUUAGGGUUUCUCUAUAGCUCUCUGAUAAACUCGGCGACUCACACUGGUAUUCAUCUUCGUCUCUUCUACUGCAGCGCGUGUUUUUUCAGAAAAUAUGGUGCGGCCCUAUGGGAUAAAAGUGAAUAAGAGGAAGCAGAGACAAGAGAGGUACGAUAAGGAAGAAUGUGGAGAAGAAGAGCAAAAAAGGGUUGAAGAAGAAGAAGAGGAAACGGUGAAGAAAGCGAAAACGGAGGAUACGUCAUCAGGAGCAGAGGAAGAUAAUGGAGAGAAGGAAAAAGGCGAGGAAGGCGGAGGUACAGCAACGGAUGAGCUUGAGGGCAUUCCCAUUGCCAAGAGUGAUCUUAACACGACGAAGCCGGGUAUCGUUUUCGUACUCGAGAAGGCUUCUCUGGAAGUUGCUAAAGUCGGGAAGACUUACCAGCUAUUGAACUCUGAUGAUCAUGCUAAUUUCUUGAGGAAAAAUAAUAGAAACCCUGCUGAUUACCGGCCCGAUAUUGUUCAUCAGGCCCUUCUGAUGAUCCUCGACAGUCCUGUCAAUAAGGCUGGAAGGUUGAAAGCAGUGUAUGUUAGAACCGAAAAAGGUGUUCUUUUCGAAGUUAAACCUCAUGUUCGUAUUCCAAGAACGUUUAAGCGGUUUGCUGGCAUCAUGUUGCAGUUGUUACAGAAGCUAAGUAUAACAGCCGCUGGCAAGCGCGAGAAGCUUUUACGGGUGAUCAAGAACCCGGUAACACAAUAUCUACCCGUUAAUUCCCGGAAAAUAGGCUUCUCGUACAGUUCCGAUAAACUGGUAAAUAUGCAGAAGCACCUAUCCGGAGUUUGUAAUGACAUGGACGUUGUUUUUGUGGUCGGUGCGAUGGCCCAUGGGAAGAUAGAGUGCGAUUAUAUCGAAGAGUUUGUGGCUGUUUCUGGAUAUCCACUGAGUGCUGCAUACUGUAUCUCAAGAAUAUGUGAGGCUUUGUCGACGAAUUGGGACAUAGUGUAAUAACUGGCCCGUGAACAAUGUGGUUGGACUUGGACAGGGGUUGUGCAUCAAAGUAUUUGCUAUUUCAGGAAAGGAACUUGAUGUAUGGUAUUUUUAGGAAAGGAUCUUGAAAGCUUCA